AAGAAAUUCAAGGAGAAGAUACAGCGCCCCUGGCAAGCGCUUCUCCUGCACCGCCGAGAUGGUUCUGCCAAGGUACACGCACUUCGGGCCUCAAGGGCGGGGCACAGGAAGGCAACAAGGGGGUGCACUUGCAUGGUACUCUAGGAAAUGGCCCUUUGAGGUGGGGCCAGGAGGGCAGGGUGACAGGUAUCUGGCCGACCAAGGGAGACCACCUGACUAGGACCAAGCAACGGGUUGGUGCUCAAUUGGUGGUAGUUCUUGCCGAUGGCUUUCUUGCUGCCUCAUAUACUGAGCUUUAACUUCCAAGGAUGAAGGUUUAUCUGCAGUGGCUUUGCUAGUCUUCAAGAAUCAACGCCCGACGUUACUCGAUGCAAUUUAGAGCUAUCCACGUCCUGCAUUCAGCAUCCAAAAUGGUGGAAGACUCUAGCCAUCAUCCUCAUCACUCGCCUGCGCUCUCCCUUUCUCAAGCAUUUUGAAGCGGUAUAUAUACGGUCUUCUUUUACCAAGCACUCGAAGAAAGGUGUGACGUCAGAUCGGCUAUCUUUGCAAUAGUGCAAGAGCUUCCCUUAGGUUAAGGUUGCAGCAGAAGACGCGAGGAGCGGUGCAAACCAUCCCCAAACUGCACGCCAGCGCAUUUAUGCCCAUUCCUCCCCUAUGGCCCUUCCAUCGCAAGCAACUCAAAUGUCGUGCUCCUGUCAAGCGCCCUCUGUCGUUCUCUCCUGCGGUCCCCUCUGUCACUCUGCCUGUCGGGGCUGGUUUUCUUGUUCACUGGGACUCUAACACUGGCGGUAGUCUGUCCGUAACUCACGUCGAAGAACCAGACCGCGUUCUGUGGAGCACCAUUCCGGGAGAGUGCUUCCUCUCUGCUGCAGCUGGGGAGGAGAGAAUCCGCGACAAGAGGGGCAGCAUCAACGUAGCUGAUCGGAUCAUCUAUGGGUGUGGAAACCAGACUGUGGAGCGGAUCUAUGCGGCUGGCAGGGGGGACCGCCGCGGUGUCGUUGUGUCCGGGACGCUCUUUUCAGAGCCGCAGUGUGCAGCGCAGUCUGUGAAGGCAGCACCUACAGGUACAGCAGGUCUGCAUGGCGACACUCCUUUGCGCACAACCUGCACUGGGGGCUGCGUCAUCCGCGUCCCAUACCGCCUCACCUUCUCCGAGAAGCGCGCACACCACCUUGGCUUUGAAGUCUCCGUCGGGGCCGCCACCUUCACUGCUCCGCCCCUCUCUAGUUCUCCAAGCACUGCUUCGGAACAUGCGCCGGAAGGCCUUGUUGGCGAGGACGAUGCACUUUUGGGGCAGCUCAGAAAGGCUGAGUAUGUGGCUGAUUGGCUGGCCGGAAGUCAGCUCAACUCAGGGGGGAUUCAAGACGAGGCUUGUGACGUCACCGUUCCUGAAUCGAGCGAUGAAAGCUCCGCGCUGCAACAGGAGAGCGAUGGAGAGAUUCCUGCACUUUCGAUGCUUAGUCGGUCUGAGCCUAGCACUGGAGAUCUUGCGUCUAGUUACAGCCAAUGGUCGGCUGCCAGCGGGGCCUCAGAUGCGCUCAGUGCAAAGUGGUGGUCUCUGGCAACCUCUGCUACUGACGAGGGGGUCGAUGAGAGCAGGCAAGUAAGGGUCAGGGGGUGUGAGGGGGGGAGGCGGCUGCCACUGGCAAUUAACAGGGUGCAGCUGACGUACACGUCUGAUCCUGAGGAGCGCUUCUUUGGGUUCGGGGAGCAAUUCUCGCACUUCGAUCUCAAGGGCAAGAAGGUGCCCAUUCUCGUGCAAGAACAGGGCAUUGGGCGUGGCGACCAGCCCAUCACGUUCUUGGCCAACUUGGCCUCUCCCGGUUCGGGGGGGUCCGACACGAGCAGCUAUGCCGCCGUCCCUCACUACAUCACCAGCCGCAUGCGCAGCCUCUACCUUGAGUCGUACGAGUAUGCGCUCUUCGAUCUGACCGAGCCGCACGCUGUCCAGAUUCGGGUGCACGCCUCGUCCGUGCAUGGUCGCAUUCUCCACGGCACCACCCCCGCGCAGCUCAUCGAGCGCUACACGGCGGCCAUCGGGCGGAUGCGCCCCCUGCCCCGCUGGCUUACGCGAGGCGCUGUUCUGGGCCUGCAGGGCGGCACCGCGCGCGUGCGCGAGAUCUUGGCACAGCUGCGCGCGCACAGAGUCCCGUUGGCGGGCGUCUGGCUGCAGGACUGGGUCGGCCAGCGGCGCACGGCGAUCGGGUGGCAGCUCUGGUGGAACUGGCAACUAGACCGGGAGCAUUACCCCGAUUGGGAGGCGCUCGUGGACGAGAUCCGGGCGGGGGGGGCGCGUGUCAUGGGCUACGUUAAUCCAUUCUUGGCGAAGGUGGGCGGUCCGCAGGCGGCACACUACGGGCGGGACUUGUUCCAGGAGGCGUCUGCCCGGGGCCUCCUGGUGCGCGCGCGCGGAGGCGGGCCGUAUAUGGUGGAGAACACCAGCUUCAGCGCCGGCCUGCUCGACCUGACGAACGCUGACGCCAGGCACUGGCUCAAGGACGUCAUGAAAACGGAGAUGGUGCGCCUCGGCAUCGACGGCUGGAUGGCCGACUUCGGCGAGUCGCUGCCCUUCGACUCCGUCCUUCACUCAGGCGAAAAUCCCGCCGUCGUUCACAACAGGUACCCCGAGAUGUGGGCCCGGCUCAACCAAGAAGUCGCGGACGAGGUCGAGGCCGAGCGUUCUUACGCCCGGUUAUCACUCCCCCGGACACUUUCACCCGCUCAUUCCGCUGCCUUGAAGAAGCUCCUCCUUCCCGACCCGGAGCAACCAACCGGGACGCCUCUGAGGGGAUCCCCCCGGCAGAGCUUGUCGUCCUUCUGCGGCGCUGCCAGCUGCAGCAGUAGUUGGGCGAGUCUGCCGAGCGACGACUGCGGCGACCAGCUCGAGGAGGGAGGUGCUGAUUGGUCGCCCUCCCAAAGCCCCGGCGCGUUUGCUUUGCUCGAUACGCCGGAUGCGGAAGAGACCGUCGAGCCGUUUUUAUUGGAAGACGUGUUUGAGGCAGAAAGCCCGCAGGUUCCUGCUUUUGUCGCGCAGUCCAGUCAAAGUUCUGAGGCGGGUCUGCUGGAGUCGGUGAACGAUGUUCGGGUAGGAAUUACUUCGACAAAACAUAUCGAGAAGGAGAGUCGUUUGUCGGAAUCAGACGGAGAAUUAGUAGCAGACGAAGAAGGCUUUGAAACCGAGACUGAGAGUCCUUUGCCAGCAACAGACGGAGAACUAGACGCGGACGCAUUGGAGCGAGACAACGAGGAACUAGACGCUGCGCGGCCGGUCUUUUUCAUGCGCGCGGGGUACCGGGGCAGCCCGGGCGCGGCGUCCCUGUUUUGGCUGGGGGACCAGAUGACCAGCUGGCAGCGACACGACGGCAUCAAGAGCGCCGUCACGGGACUGCUCUCCGGAGGUCUGUCCGGGUUCAGCCUGAACCACGGCGAUAUCGGUGGCUACUGCUCGGUAGCCCUCCCCGGGCCGCUGGGCGUAACUAGGAGCGAGGAACUUCUGCUGCGGUGGAUGGAGCUGGCGGCUUUUACUACGGUCUUCCGCACGCACGAGGGCAAUUUGCCGCACGCCGGCGCGCAGGCCUACUCCAACGCGCGCGCGCUCGCGCACUUUGGGCGGAUGGCGCGCGUGUACGCCGCGUGGGACUUUUACCGCCAGGACCUUAUGCAGGAGGCCGCUUCGACAGGCCUGCCCGUUGUGCGCCAUCUGUUUCUGCACUACCCGCACGACCCGACCGUUCACCGGCUGACUUACGAGCAAUUCUUGGUCGGGGACCAGAUCCUUUUUGCCCCGGUUCUAGACCCCGGGACUGCCCGGGUCAAAGUGUACCUGCCCGGGGGAGAGGUUUGGCAGCACGUCUGGUCGGGGAAACGGCACCAGUCGACUUUGUCGGAGGGGAAAGGGGAUUUUGUAGAAGUAGAAGCGCCGAUGGGCUUUCCCGCUGCGUUUGUGCGGGAGGGCUCCCGAGUUGGACGUCGCUUCUGCGACAAUCUGCGUGAGCAAGGCCUGUUGCAGUAGUCACGAAAUGUUUCUGCCAGCUUUGUGUUUGAUUUUUGUGCAAUGACACUCAGGAGCUAAUCAGAGGGCAAGGUUCAAGUUAAGGUCCUUCAAACACGCAUUGCUUCAGGUGGCGGUAAUCUUUGGAUGUAUGAAGUGGCUGUAUGAAGUGGCUAACUCUAGCCUUGUUUUGGAAGAGGGUAUUCAACGUGAGUCAUAGGAUUCUUUGCAAACGAUCUUGAUUCAACCGAAAGGCUUGCAGACUCCCGUCGGAAGGAAUCGGCCGUCCAUGCAUACAUGUCACUGUACCUCGAU